AUGUGGCUCGUUCUUUUACUAGUUGCUUUCAUAAUAUGGAUAUUUUAUCGACCCUUUAAAUUUUGGAUAAUCGAUCCAUGGCGCAUUCAUCGUGAUCUAUGGGCUCAAGGUGUUCCAGGACGCCAUAUUCCAAUAAUAGGCGAAAUAUUCAACAUUCGUAAAUGUAUUCUUGCUGAAAAUCCACUUGCACAUAGCACAGCUUUGGCAGCACAAUUUGGCGACUAUUACCACGUUUCGUUUGGUCCUGUUGCUCGUUUAGAUACAUUUGAUCCAGCCUUGAUUAAUGGUAUUCUUAAAACCAAUGCUCGUGCUUAUCAUAAAGCAUACAUCAUGCGACUAGUUCUCGGAGCAUUAUUAGGAAACAAUAAUCUUAUAAUGGCCGAAGAUGAGAUCCACGCUCAGCAUCGUCGAUUGAUAGCACCUGUAUUUCAACAUCAAAAUUUAAACUCUAUGAUAUCACUCAUGGUUGAAAUAACAUUGAAUCAUAUGAAAAAAUGGUCGAUUGCUGCUACUGCUGCUCACGACGACGACAAGCCACUAAUUCUCAAUAUGCAUGAGAAGAUGGCACGGUUGACAUUAGAUAUUGUUACAAGUUGCGUGUUUGGUACGGAGAUAAUCUCUGAUGAAAACAUACACGAAACGAUUUAUCGUACCAUAACAGAAUCACUUGAAUUAAUGGAAAAACGUUUGUUUAAUAUGAUUGCUAUCAUUCCAAUUAUCAAUCGUCUCCCAUUACCAAGCAAGCGACGUAUUGAUAAAUGUAUUUGUGAAGGGAAAACUAUUAUUCGACGAAUCGUCGACGAUCGUAAGAAAGGAUUGACUAAGUCAGCUUGUAAAGUUACUGCUGGACAUGAGACAACAUCGACAUUGAUGACUUGGACUCUCUACAAUCUGGCCAACAAUCCGGAUGUCUGCCGCCGAUUAGAAGCAGAAGUGGAUUCGGUGCUGAAAAAUGACGAAGAGAUAACACCAUCGACUCUGUCGCUCUUGACUUACACGGAAGCCGUAUUGAAAGAAUCCUUACGGCUUCAUCAACCAGUGCCUGGAAUAGUCCGUACUGCAGUUAAAGAUAAUACACUAGUUGCCAGUGAUGGAAAAGAGAUUCAUAUCAAGAAAGGAACUGGGAUUUUUAUCAACUUCUAUUUGUUGCAUCACUCGGAAAAGUAUUGGCAUGAACCAUUCAAGUUUAACCCAUCUAGAUUCGAUGACAAUCAAUCAGACAAACUGCUCUAUCCAUUUUCUGCAGGACCUCGCUCAUGUGUUGGACAAAAUUUUGCUAUGUUAGAAGCUAAAAUAAUGUUAGCACUGAUGAUUCGACGAUUUCGUUUCGAGCUUGAACCGGGUCAAAAACAAUAUCAAUCGAUAUUUUACUCGGCUUUCGACACUUACGGUCUCACGGAAUGGACACUAGAAAAAAUGCCUAAGAAUGUCAAAACCGAUCAGCAAAAUACCAAAUUGACAAAAUCUGAUGGAUGGCUUUAUCGAUCGCAUAAUGCUCGAUCAAAAUUUUUCUGCCCAAAAUGUGGUCAUCAGAAAAAGUCAAAUGAUAAAUCUGCUUGGUCUUCAGUUUACACGACGCUCCUUUUUCGCGCUCGAUAUUUGGAACAAAUGGAUGCAGAUGGAGUUAUCUGGAGUUCCGAUCAAAUUCAAAUAAAAAUCUUUGAACAAGGAUAUCUUGUUUGUUAUUAUAUAUCAAAAUUACCAUCAAAUAAUCAAUCAACAAUAAUGGCAAAAUUUUUAGAUACAUUAUCAAAUCGAAAAGAUAAAGAAUAUUAUUUGAAACAAGGUUUUACAUAUAAAAUUGAUAUUGAUACAUCAUUAUUAAUACUUGCGGCUAAUCAACGACGAGAUCAAACAUUUGAUAAAGAUAAUAAUGAAGAAAUAAUAUCAACAAAUUCAAAAAAUCUUAAUGAAAAUGAUCAUAAACAAUUAGAAGCAUUAAAAUUAUUAACAACAUUUUUAUCAACACAAACAUUAGAUGCACUUCGUUUUGCUAAUCAAAUAUGUCGAUAUUUUCUUAAUGAUGCAAAAUAUGAAGGAAUUCGAAUAGCUUUAUCAUAUUUUCCACAUGAUAUUGAUAUUCAUACUAUUGAAGCAAAUAAUCGUCAACAAUCAGUAGAUGAUUUACGAGAAUUUAAAGCAUUCGGAGCUUAUAUUGCAGCCCUUGAAGCCAUUCAACGUUGGUCUGAAUUGCAUCAAAAACAACAAGAUAAUACGUCUACAACGACACGUGAAGAUCAAGCUUAUUUACCAAUAGUAAUAAAAGCUUGUUAUGAUGUAUUUGAUUAUCCACAAGGUUGGCUAGUUGAUAGCACGAAUAUUCAUCAAACAUCACCGGAUAAUGAAACUCGUCAAACUGAAAUGUCAGUCUUACGUCAUAAAUAUAUUUCAAUGUUAGCAUGUAAUCUAUUUCGUAUAUUUGAUUUAAUUAAACAAGAACAAGAAACAUUUCGUUUAAUUACAUUUCUAUCUGAUAGUCGAAAACAACAACUUUAUACAUUAUUUUCGAAAGAAGCUCUUAAUUCAGUACUUUUAUUAACUGAACAUGCAGCUGAACGAUGUCUUGAUCGACAACAACAACAACAGACUGACGAUACAACAGUUAAUUAUUUUCUAUAA